GUUGCCGACCUGUAUGUGACGAUGGAGUACGGUUGGGUGUUGGAUGAGGAUAGCGCAGACAGCGCCUGCCAACAGCACCACCACCAACAACACCAUCACCACCAACAGCAGCAGCACCAACCACCACCACAGGUGCGCCGCAUCAACCCCACAGGCCAGAGCGACUUCACGGACAGCGAAGCGCUGUACAUCAGCCAGUUGGCAGAGUUCAUCAACGAUGUCAACGACACCAAUACCAACUACUUCACGGAGAUGCUGACGCCGGAGGCCAGCCAGCAAAGGGUGCUGGCGGCUGCAACGGCGGCGGUGGCAGACCCCAGUGGCAGCCCCUCACACCAACCACCCAGCAGGAGGGUGCCUGCAUCCCCCCAGCAACAGCAGCAGCAACAACAGCAACCACCACCUCCACCUCCACCACUUGCAGCCUAUGCCCACCCUCACAGCUUACCAGACAGCCCCCCAGAUUCUGGAUCUGAACCACCGUACUCCCCUCCAGAUCCAACGACCAGGACAUCUCAUCAAAAACAGCCAUCCCACGCACAGCCUAUAUCGAGUGUUAGCCUGGCACAGGAAUUGUUGCUUCAUCAGCCCCACCUACAUUCACACCAGCACCACAGUCAGCCAUCUCCAGCUCCUCCAUUGUUCAUGCCACACAUCGGACUACCAGGUGGCAAGGUACCACAGCAGACUCUAGCAGUGGGUCAUGUGGGAGAAGCAGCUGCUACUGCUGCCUUGCUUGUGGCACAACAGCAACAGCAGCAGCAGCAGCAGCAACAACAACAACAACAGCAACAGCAGCAGCAACAAACUCCUGCCAGCCCGCGGCCUGCUUCGUCCACAACACCCGCUCAGCAGCAGCAAAUACCAGUCAUUGCAGGUCUGGUGCCUGGACCCCCCACACUGGCUCUCUCCCCGGGUGGAGACCACGUGACUGCCGUGUAUUCUGACCUGCAAGCCACGGCAUCUGCAACCCCACAGCCCCCCCUCCCAAAGAAGAGGCGCCUUAAUGAGGAUGGCCUGCUUGUGAAACAAGAGCCAGAGUUGUCACCAGAUUCCAACUCAAAUCAAACAACAUUUUUGGAUGAUGAAUACAGUUUAGAUGUAUCUGGAGAUUCUGGAAUGUACCAGCAAUGCAUUCGAUUCCAACCUUUCCAGCAGACAUCUUGGCAUAUGUUGUGUGAUCAGAAUCUCAAAGAACUGGGUGUAACAACAUACCGGGUUGAUGCUGAUAAGGGUUUUAACUUCUCAAACCCAGAUGAAGCCUUUGUGUGUCAGAAAAAGAAUCAUUUUCAAAUUACUUGUCAUGCACAACUGCAAGGUGAUGCCCAGUUUGUGAAGACAGCUGAAGGGCUUAAGAAGAUUAGCAGCUUCCACUUGCACUUCUAUGGAGUGAAAGUUGAAUCUCCAUCACAGACAAUCAAAGUUGAACAGUCACAGAGUGACAGAAGCAAAAAGCCAUUCCACCCUGUGCCGUUUGACCUGCAGGGGGGAAAGCAGAACAAAAUGACUGUUGGUCGGUUGCACUUCAGUGAAACUACAUCCAACAACAUGCGCAAGAAAGGAAAGCCAAACCCAGAUCAACGGUAUUUCUACCUCGUGGUGGGCUUGCAUGCACACACUGCUGAUGGUGCCAAUUACCCAAUCAUUUCCCAUUCAUCAGAACGCAUCAUUGUCAGGGCUUUUCUGUUCCAGGCCUCAAACCCUGGCCAGUUUGAGAGCGACGUGGAGUUGAGCUGGCAGAAGGGCCACACGCCAGACUCAGUGUUCCACACAGGUCGUGUGGGCAUCAACACAGAUCGGCCAGAUGAGGCUCUGGUUGUGUAUGGAAAUCUUAAAGUUACUGGCCACAUCAUGCAGCCCAGUGAUCAGAGGGUCAAGGAAAGUGUACAGGAGUGUGAUACUCGUAAACAACUCCACAAUGUGAAGCAGCUUAGAGUAGUGAGAUAUUGUGUAGCACCAGAAUUUGCUCAGCAUGCUGGCCUUACAGGAUUAGAUGUAACAAGCUGUACACCUGUAGUUGAUACUGGUGUCAUUGCUCAAGAGGUGCAGCAAGUAAUACCAGAUGCAGUCCGACCGGCUGGGGACAUUGUUCUCCCUUCAGGGCAACGUAUUGAAAACUUUCUUGUUGUAAACAAGGAACGCAUCUUUAUGGAAAAUGUCGGUGCUGUGAAGGAACUGUGCAAAGUCACUGAUAAUCUUGAAACAAGAAUUGAUGAACUGGAAAGAAUGAACAAGAAACUUGUCAAAUUAAAACGCUUGGAUAGUCUGAAAAGCACAGCCAGUAGCAUCUCAACAGUAACCAGUAAAGCAACGAACAUUUCCGUGAGACAUAGGCGCUGUCAUCACAAGGAAGAAGUUGACUCAUUGCCAUGGUCCAAUAAAUUCAUCCAGAUAACAAUCAUAGUAUUAGUUCUAAUUAUGGCACUGUGCCUUGUGGCAAUGGCAACGUUAUAUUUUCUGGAAAUACAAAGGAGGCCUCUAGGUAACUACUACCAUGGGAAAAAUUCAAGUCAUCGUCAUUCUCAUGCACAUUCAGUAGCACCUGCAGCAGCCUUCAGUACAAGGAUACUAGAUCCAAAGGUCCUUCCAACUGCUGUACCUGUUCCUGGCACUGGGUUACCUAAUAACAUCUUGCCACCUGCGCCCAUGAUGCCUGAAAGUAUUCAACGAGUUCCUAAAGCCAAAUUGUUGGAUCCAUCUGGCAAAAGCAGUACAGAAGCACUGGGCAGUGGUUCCAGGCAACCUGUGUUUGCUCCUCUCUCACUGUCAACACCCACUCUGGAUGUCGCCACACUUCCUCACAACUGGAAAGUGGAUCCUCCUGUCAAUAACCAUGUCAGUGGGGAGUUCAUUGACCCACCACUAACUGGCUCACGGCUUACACCAUCACCGAUUGGAAGGCCACCGCAUUGCACAAGUGAUGCAGAGAUGGAACCUAAUCUGUGUUAUCCUAUUUGUUGUGAUGCUUCUCAUUAUGAGAAUAUGGACCAGCACAUUGACGUAUUUCCUGCAGUGUCAAGUGGGAGUGGACAAACUCCACUUUCUUCUUAUCGUUAUGUGCAUUUCGACCACACCAUGAAACCAUUUGUCACAGAAACAGCAGUUACCGUUCCUGUCAUUCAUCCUAAGAUGGCUAAAAGCACACAUUCAGCACCAUCUCAGGAACCUACUCUGAGCUCUAUGGAGAAAGAGGGAAGUAAACCUAAAUCUGCCAAGCGGAAUCAAAGAGAGGCAGAUUACCUGAAUGAAGUUACUGCUGAGACUGAGCAGCCCACAAUAAGCUUAGUGGGAACCAAUUUCAAUCAGACAUUGACACCAGCGUUCCUUUAUGAAAAUGCUGACCUGUUUUCAAAUGAUUUGAGAGCAUGGAACCACACUUACAUAAUACCACUGAGUAAAUAUUUGACUGAUAACUACAUUGAGCUACGUUUUCAGCACACCCAACAAGUGGAAGCCUGCAUUGUGGGGGAGCCAAGGUCAGUGUGUCCCAGAGCACUGGGUGGUUCUGACCUCAGAGCACCUGAUGAGCGGAUGAGUGAGGUCCAAGCCCAGGGUCCUAGCCAAGUUCAAGCUCCUGCACAGGGGCAGAUGCAAAUGCAGGAGCAAGUGUUCCACAUCCCAGUGCGGUCUUUUGUCCGGGCAAUGUACCGUUAUCGAAUUCCUACUAUAAGGCCUCUCACUAAGCUGUGCACGCGACCAGCUGAAGUCCCUGAACUUACUUUCUUCGAGUACAAUUUUGUUUUCUAUAGAGAUUGUGCUGAGUGAUGUACAUGGAGCAUUUAAUACUCAGAGUUGACAUACAAUUUGUGGUUGGUAUGUGGCAAUAAAAGAGAAUUGUAUCGUUGGAAAUGAGCUCUAAUAUGUUACCUAUGAACUCCCCUAAGAGUGAUAUAAGUUGAGUGCUAUUUUUCAAUUAUCUUUUAGCACUGUUACAGUAAAACUAAGUUUCAGUCCCAAAAUAUAAUAAGGAAUUGUAUACAAGAAUGCUGUGUGAUAUACCUCAGAACUGACACUAUACAAUUUUUCUUCUUAGAACAAUAGCCAUGACAACUUUCAGUAAGUAAGUUUUUAAAGAGAUAAAUAAAGAAAACAUAUGUGUUCCUGGUGCAAUUUUAAACACUCAUGGACUACAUCAGUACAGUGAAGCUAGAAUGCAUUAAACUGAGCAGCAACCUGAUGUAUUCUAGCUGAAUUUUAUAUUUGUGUCAUGAUCUGUUAGUUGUUAAUAUAAUAUCUUAUUCAUCUUCAUAAACUCCAUUGUUUACAUACACAUUACAAUGAUGUAAAUAUUUGUAAGACUAAGUAAUGUUCUAUGUAAUGUAUAAUGUAUAUUCUCACAUUUUUGUAGGUUAGUCUUGAGUUUUUUGGUCUGUCUAUCAGAUUCAACAAUAAUAUUUUGGAAGCCGAAGCACAGUCUUGUACAUGUUUUGCAUUAGUUUCCUAUACAACAAUUUAUUCUUCCAUUUUUAUUUGCUGAAAGUAUCUAUGUAUGCAAUAUUCUUUUAGUUUUUGAACAGUGCUGAUAUAUUUAGACUGUUAUGUCACCAUAUACCUUCAAACAUGGACUUCAUUUUGAAUCGUAUUCAUGCCAGGAACAUCAAUAUAUGUAUGCACCCAUUUAUUAAUAUCUGGCAUUCAUUUUACAUAAUCAGUUGGACCAUUCCAUGCAGUGAUAAGAAUUGGACUGUACAUAAUGUAUUCUAAAUAUUUUAGGUGAAAGGAUUUCCACAGUGAUGAUAAGAAAUAUUGUACAUAUACACAUUUGAUUAAGUAAGAACAUUUUGUUCUAUUGUAUUGACAAAUAACAAUUUGGACAAAACCUCUGAUGUUCCAAAGUUUAAUUUAUUGAUAGAGAAUCAGUGUUUUGAAAUGUGCAAUAAUUCACUUAAUUUCGAUGUAUAUAAUUCAUCAUUAUCAUGAAUGUAAAUAGUCUUUCCAAGUUGUUGUCUGUGGAAAAUCAAUUUUUAUGGUAUACAGAAAAUGCCAUUAACUUAAGGAAUGAUGGUUUUCAUAUGUAUAAUAUUCAUUUUGUUGUUAUAGACUGGUUCAUUGCCCUGUAACUUCAGUUGCUAAAACUACGUAGCAGUUUCUGUAUAGAUUUAUAUAUGCUAUUAAUGUAGAAGGGGAAUAAUUUCUAAAAACUAGUAUGUUUUUUAACUUCUUCCUUUAAAUCCAAAACCAUUUCAUUUGUUUUACAGCAGGAGAUUUCAGUUCUAAUUUGUCUGACAUGACAUGGGGUUGCAUCAUGUUUCAUGUUGCUAAUGGUUCCUCGCUAAAAAAAAAAAAAAGGGGGGGGAGGGAGUCAAAUACCCUAUUGUAAAUGGAAAUAAGUGGAUGGAGCACCAUAGUUGUACUAGUACAAGUAUAUUAAAAAUAUUCAAAUUAAAUCAUUAGCAUUACCAUUAAAACCUGGCAAAACCAGUGUGUCUUGCCAAUAUGAAAUUAAUUUACAAAAUGAUUCAGUUUUUUAUAAAUAAAAACAUACAUGGAGACAUGAAAUAUGUAACAAUGUCUUUGUAAUUGAUAAUUGUCAACUGUUCAUUUUAAUACAAGGUGAUUUAGCAAAAGAACAUUUAAUUGCAGACAGAAAACCAAUUUACAUGAGAAAUGUCAUACCAGUUAUGAAGGAAUCAUACUGUACUGUGAUAUUAAAAACUUAUACAGCAUUUCACCUGAAACUGGAAUAAGUGUGUGAUUUGCAAACAAAAGAGGAAAUUUUAAACUGGUACAAAUACUAUAUACUGAGACUUUUGUUGUUCCUUUUUACUCAGAAAAGCUAUUCACAAAAAUUUUAUUUGAGACUAGAGACCAGCAUCUACUUAUCAAUUUCUGGCAAAGUAAAAACUGGAGGAAGACCGACAGACCCAUGAGUAGAAUACAAAUUAGGAACCCUACGUUCAGAAUUAUCCGAGCAUGUUAUCUGUCGGAAGGAUAUGCAAAAUAAUACACUCCAUCUCCCAUUCUAUUUGUGAGGCCAGUAAGCCCCACUGCAGUAAGUCCAGUUUUCCCGGUUUUAACACUUGAUAUGUAGGCGUACUUUAUCUAAGUUGUGCUAAUAUACCAUUAUUUUUACAUCCAAUUUUUAACAUUAAUGUUUCUCUCUCUCUCUCUCUCUCUCUCUCUCUCUCUCUCUCUCUCUCUCUCUGUUUCUCAAAUUAUUGUCAGAAUAUAAACAGCCAUGAGAAGUAUUGACAAUAUGGUCUCAUUUGUUACAGAUUAUUUAUUUUAAGUUUAAUAUUUCUAGAAGGUACAUUGAUUCUUUUAUUGUACAAGGUCACUAACAAUUUUCAUUGUUGUGCUAGAAUUAGGAUUUUGUACAUUUUUAGUAAUGAGAGAUUUGCUAUAGUCAGUAGAAGAUUUUUUUAUAUAUAUAUAUUCAUAUAUGAAAGUAUUCAUUUACAUGUUUCGCCUUUGGAAGUGCAUUUAGCAGAUGUCUGAAUUUUAUCAGUAUUCAUGUUUAUUGUUGAUACAAAAAUAAUCUGUGUCUACUUAAGAAUUUCAGCAUAUUUUGGAAAAUUACCAAUUCAAAAUUUUAAACCCUGCUAACAUCAAGGAUAUGCACUUUACUGAGAGUGCUCUAAAUAGCAUUCAUAUUGCCAAAAACAAAGAGAGCUUUCUAGUGAAGCUUUGAUAUUAUAAUGUACCAAUAUGAAUUAGUGGACUGUAAAUUGUAUUAAGCUAUCCCUGUUAGACCAAAAUUGCAACACAGGAUACUAACUGCUGCAAAGUAUGUGUAAUCUUUUGGCACUCUGUUGUUUAUAAAAUAAGCAAAAAGGUCUUCAUUUGUCAAGUUUUCUUUCAGUUGGAUGUAUGAACAAUGCUAUGAAUAGUAUUCCUCAGUAAUUCCCAUAGUUACCUGAUCAAGUGGAACAUCAGUAAUGGUCAACCAUAAUAAUAUGAAUGUACUGUGUGAAUUUCCUUAAGCAAAGAACUUUUUAUGGGCAAACAGCUCAGAACUCUGUAGUGCUACUUUCAUAUCAGACAGGAAAAGAAUAUAACAAAUAAUUUGAAAAAUAUAAUAAACCAUACAAAUUAUUUUGUAUUGGAAAACAGUAAAGUGCAAAAUAUGGAAUUAAUGUCUUGUAAAUUUAAUUAAUAUAAUAUAAUAUUUGUAUGGACAA